GACGCAACCAGCUGUCAGCUGUUUGUGUUUUUGCCUUAUUUUGUAGAUGUACCUCCUUAAGUUUGCGGUCUUUUUUCUUUAGAGAACGGAAUAUAAUAAGUGACUACUUCAUUCUGGAUUAAACCCAAGGCACUAAAAUAAACGCACUGCAUUCACAGACCUGCAAAAUUGGCUAUCUAGCGAACUAGAUAGCUACAUCUCAUUUGCUACCGAUUGUGGACCUUCGGUUGGGAACCUCCAAAAGGAAUCGAACCGAUCCCAGGCCUCCGAUCCAGGGCGGCGGGAGGGAGGGAGGUCGCUGGGAUCGGGAUGGAGACUGUAGAAGGGGCCGACGGUCCGGGCGGGCCAGGACUGUGCUGCGCCUCCUUCAACCAAGACACCACGUCUCUGGCAGUGGGGACCAAGACUGGAUACCGGCUCUUCUCAGUGACCUCAGUGGACAAACUGGACUGCGUUUUCGAAAGCGCAGAAACCCCAGAUGUGUACAUCGUGGAGCGUCUGUUCUCAAGCAGCCUGGUGGUGGUGGUCAGCCAGGCCACGCCCCGCCGCAUGAAUGUCUACCAUUUUAAGAAGGGCACAGAAAUCUGCAACUACAGCUACUCCAACAACAUCCUGUCUGUCCGCCUCAACCGACAGAGGCUGGUGGUGUGUCUGGAGGAAUCCAUCUACAUCCACAACAUCAAGGACAUGAAGCUGCUGAAGACUCUGCUCAAUACACCACCCAACCCCUCAGGUCUGUGUGCUCUCUCCAUUACCCAUUCCAACUCGUACCUGGCGUACCCUGGCAGUGCCACCAUCGGAGAGAUCAUCGUCUACGACGCCAACAACCUGAACACGGUAACCAUGAUUCCAGCUCAUGACAGCCCUCUGGCGGCCAUUACCUUCAACGCUUCCGGUACCAAGCUGGCCAGCGCCUCUGAGAGGGGCACUGUGAUCAGAGUCUUCACUGUCCCUGAGGGACACCGACUGCUUGAGUUCCGCAGAGGAAUGAAAAGGUACGUCAGCAUCAGCUCCCUGUCCUUCAGCCUGGACGCCCAGUUCCUCUGUGCCUCCAGCAACACGGAGACGGUGCACAUCUUCAAACUGGAGCAGCCCGGCAACAGCGGAGAGGAGUCGUCCCCCACCUGGUCGGCCUACAUGGGGAAGAUGAUCUCGGCCGCCAGCAGCUACCUCCCGGCGCAGGUGUCCGACAUGAUGAACCAGGACCGUGCCUUUGCCACCGUGCGCCUCAACGUGCCCGGCCAGAGGAACGUGUGCGCGCUGGCCACGAUCCAGAAGCUUCCGCGUCUCCUAGUGGCCUCCUCCGACGGGCAGCUGUACGUUUACAACCUGGACCCCCAUGAGGGCGGGGAGUGUGUGCUGGUGAAGAAGCACAGGCUGUUUCGCCCGGACGAGGAGCAGGCGGUAUCAGAGGAAUCUGAGACCACAUUGCCUGCGCAAACGUGCCCGUCCUACGCUGCCACCGUCGCCAUCCCCGCUGCCACACCCUCCCCCGCCACUCUGACAGGUUACUCAGAAGACGGAGGGGCGAAGAAGGGUGAGGUCAUUCCGGAGCACGAGUUCGCAGCGGGACCUGUGUGUCUGGAUGAUGAGAAUGAGUUUCCUCCUAUAAAUUGGUGCCGGGACGGGACUGGGAGUGGCAAAGGGAGACGCACGUGAGAGGGUAGAGGACAGGUGGACAGGUGGAGACCAGCUGUCGGAGGCUACACCUGUGGCCAGAAGAUUGGCUAUGCAUGAGCCAGGACAAUUACUCAAAUUUCAGGGUGCUAACAACUGUUUAAUACAAACAGAUUAAAAAAAAAAAACAG